AUUAUCAUCUCUUUAGACUAGAUAAAACUGAAUAUGAUAAAAGAAAACCACACUGCAAUUUCUGACUUCAUUCUCCUUGGAUACUCAGAGUUGCUGGAUCUGCAAGCUUUGCUCUUUGUUGUCUUCCUCACCCUCUAUGCAAGCAUCAUAACAGGAAAUGGACUAAUCAUUUAUAUUACAGUGACUGAUCCUGCCCUGGAUACUCCAAUGUAUUUCUUUUUGAAAAACCUCUCUUUCCUGGAGAUUUGCUACACCUCAGUCACUGUCCCCAAAAUACUGGUUAAUUUAGUGGUAGAAAAGGCAAAUAUUUCUUUCAUUGGUUGUGCUGCCCAGCUCUACUUCCUGUUUUUAUUUGGAGGCACAGAGUGUUUGCUCCUGGCUGCCAUGGCUUAUGAUCGAUAUGUGGCCAUAUGCAACCCCUUGCAUUAUAAGCUCAUUAUGAAUAAGCAAUUCUGCCAAGGACUCAUAAUUAUAUUUUUGAGUGUAAACGUAAUUAUUGAUGUAGGCCAGAUAUAUCUAGUGUUCAUUUUGCCUUUUUGUGGUUCUCAUGAAAUUAAUAACUUAUUCUGUGAUAUUCCCCCACUGUUAGAGUUGGCCUGUACUGAUACCUACAUUACUAAAAUAGUUGUGCUAUCAGCCAGCAUCCUUUUUACCAUCAUUCCUUUCUUUCUUAUCAUUGUUUCUUAUGUGAAAAUUAUCUCAGUUAUUCUGAAGAUCCCUUCAGUGGAAGGUCAGAAAAAAGUCUUUUCUACUUGCUCCUCACACCUCAUUGUGGUAUCUCUCUUCUAUGGCUCAGCAAUUAUUGUCUACCUAAGUCCCAAAACUAAGGAAUCAGUGGACAUUAACAAACUCCUUUCAUUAUUCUAUACUGUUUUUGUUCCUGUACUCAACCCCAUUAUAUAUAGCCUGAGAAACAGAGAAGUGAAAGUAUCACUGAAAAAACUGUUUAAUUCUAUUUACUACUUUUGGGGGAAUUUGAGAUCUAUUGAAAAAUUUCAAAGAUUGUUUACGCUAACUCAGAUCAAGAAUUCUUUUCUACGUCUUCACAUGUUUUAUCGAGAGUAG